CUAGGGUCAGUCUGGCAGGUCCCUCGCCGGCCCAGUCCUGGGCCGGCCAAACCUCACCGCUUGCUCCCGGGCUGGCUUCCAGACCAAGGGCACGCAGAGGUCGGAGCCUGCCCAGAAGCCACACCUGGCCAGAAAAACCGAAGGUGUAUCAAGGUGUCCGAGUGAAGAUCACAGUGAAGGAGCUGCUGCAGCAAAGACGGGCACACCAGGCGGCCUCCGGGGGAACCCGGUCCGGAGGCAGCAGUGUCCACCUUUCAGACCCAGUUGCACCAUCUUCUGCAGGACUGUAUUUUGAGCCUGAACCAAUUUCUUCCACGCCCAAUUAUUUGCAACGGGGAGAAUUUUCCAGUUGUGUUUCAUGUGAAGAAAACUCAAGCUGCCUCGACCAGAUCUUUGAUUCCUACCUUCAGACAGAGAUGCACCCGGAGCCUUUGCUCAAUUCCACACAAAGUGCUCCACACCAUUUCCCAGACAGCUUCCAGGCCACCCCUUUCUGCUUUAACCAGAGCCUGAUCCCAGGAUCACCUUCAAAUUCCUCCAUUCUCUCUGGCUCCUUAGACUACAGUUACUCGCCAGUGCAGCUGCCUUCAUAUGCUCCAGAGAAUUACAAUUCCCCUGCUUCUCUGGACACCAGAACCUGUGGCUACCCCUCAGAAGACCAUUCCUACCAUCACUUGUCCUCACACGCCCAGUACAGCUGCUUCUCCUCGGCCACCACCUCCAUCUGCUACUGCGCAUCAUGUGAGGCAGAGGACUUGGAUGCUCUCCAGGCGGCAGAGUACUUCUACCCGAGCACAGACUGUGUGGACUUUGCCCCCUCAGCAGCCGCCACCAGUGAUUUCUAUAAGAGGGAAACAAACUGUGACAUCUGCUAUAGUUAAUAGAAAUUACAGUAAUUCAGAACAUGGCAUGGGUAUAUCUAUUUUUCUACCACGUCUAGAUGACACUGCAAAAUAUGCAACUUGGUAACACAAUAUCCCAAGCACAGUUUACAUGUCACUAUUUCCAAUUUUCUGAUGCUAAGCAUUCAUAUGAAGUCCUCAGACCCGGUCACAGUGCCACUCCUACUUUGUAUGCUCAUAGUUUAAAUUUUUGUAGGAAACUUUCAAUUGUUUUACUUUUUGUAUAACGAACAAAUGCUCUCUCCUUUUUUACUAAUAAAUAAUUUUGUAUUACUAA